AAGAAAUGUAUUUAAAACUGUCUGAUAAAUUCGAACGGUGUCACGAAAAGUACAUAAAUAAACUGAUUUCAAGCUAAACCUAAAAUACAAACUUCAUUUUGUUACAAUUGCCCCUCUUCUAAACAUUUUGAGUUCAUUUACGUUUUAGAAUUUGGUAUUCUUUGAAGAUGAUGAUUGUUUUGGUCUUAGUUCUUCUCGUCAAAACAGCUCUAUCGGGCAGUCCAUGUCCUCCGAGGGAAAACAUCUAUCCUUGCAGCUGCCUCAAUAUCAAAGCACAAGGAUCCAUGAUUAAAACUGUUGUACAAUGCCAUCGUUUGCAUGACAAAGAUACCUUAGGUUUCGUCUUCCAUUCUCUGAAAUCAGUGAAUCUAGAUUACUUCACUUUAUACGAUUCAUUCUGGAAUGCUGAAAUCUCAACAAACAAAGACACUAACCCGAAAGCUUUUCCUCGUGAUUGGUUGACUUCACUUCGAAGUAAAUCGAUUGAAAUUAUUGACACGUCAUUGCCACCUUGUUUCGCAUGCAAUUUCAAGUCACCCUGCAAGAACUUCGAAACAACUAGAUUUGUGACAGUAAAUAGUACAAGCUCGUCUAAUCUUUGUCCACUAUGCCCAACCGGACGAAACAAUUCAUACCCAUGGAUCAACUGCAUGAACAAGUUGCAAGAACUUGUCUUAAUCCGAGGAAAAAUUGAAACUCUGGGUGCUGAUUUUUUUCCAAAAAGAUUAGAAUCAUUAAAGAAAUUAAAUUUGUCCCAUAACGAGAUAAGAUUGAUAAAUCCUAGAGCUUUUCAAGGUCUUGACACACUACUAAGCAUGGAUUUGUCUCAUAAUCGAAUAGAUUCGUUGCAGAAUAUGUUCAUAAAUCCUAUGAAGUUGUAUUACCUUGAUGUCAGUUGGAACAAAAUUGAAAAUCUGGAUGCUACGUUCUUCAUAAAAUUACCAAAUCUGAAAUUACUCUUUGCAAGAAGUAAUCAUAUUGCACAAUUACAAGAAGAGCAUUGGAAAAAUCUUCCCAUAACCCUGACAUUCGCCGAUCUUGCAGAUAAUCCUAUAAAGUGUAACUGCAACAUGAAAUGGGUGAACUCAACGAUUCCCCAAAAAACUUAUUUGAAAGGUCACUGUUCAAGAGACAAAUUCUACACCACCAGAAAUCUGAAAUUAAAUAUCAAGUAUUUUCUGCAAUGGUGCGAGAAGAUAAACAAGACCACGACUGUGAAACCGAAGCAGAAACAAAACUCGAUGCUACUUGUAAACAAGAGUGAAGCAACAAACAAGGUUGAACAAAUAAUGCAUAUUAAUUGAAAAUUUUAAGCUAUACUUAAAUAUAUAAUGUUGUAAAAUUUUAAUGAAAAAAAAAGAGUGUUUUGUUUCUUAAUUUUUUGAUUGCAUUAAUUGGGUGAGUUCUAUGACACUGAGCUAGUACAUCAAUGCAGCAUACAUCCUAUUUAGUUGUCAGAGUAACUUUUCGUAGUAAAAAGCGGCAUUGACUGUUCGCAAUUUAGAACUUGUCAAGUUUUAACAAGCAUGUCAAACAAUCCUACUCUCAUGCCGUCUUAAUUUGUUAGGUGAAUUAUUUUCAUUUUCCGUAUUUAAAAUAACUUUAGAAAAAAUAACUAUAAGAUUGCAUAACAGAAAACAAUAUUUAAUUCGCUGCACUCGUAAUAGGCUAAUCUGAUCAACUAUCAAAUUCUUAAUUUUCAAAUGCAUAUUUUACAUGAAUUUUCAUUACAAAUAAGAAAAAAUAUGUUUAUGCACAUUGCCAUAUUAUAUUUUGAAUCACAAAUAAAAAUCCGUCGUUAAAAUAAUUUAUUUAACACUUAAUUAUUUAUUUAUACGAGUAUUUAAAGGACACUCUCUUACGUUUAAACUGACUGAACUUUUUUAACUAUUCACAGGCGUGAACCUGAAGUGCUGUCCGUUAACUCUGUGUCCUAGAAUUUGUCUAGAGAUUUGUGCUUAUUUGAUUUCUUUUUAUGAAUUUUAAUGAAACAUAAUAAAAUAUUCAAAUUAAA